GAUCUCGCCUGAACCUUCUUAUUAAAACCUCAACAUCUUCUUUUCUCAUCACUCCUCCUCUAAGAUUCAUUUGAUGUCUUCUUCUUAAUCUCCUUUCACUGCAAAGAUGAUGAAAGAUGUAUUCAGACCAACCAAAUCCACUCUAUGCUCUCCCGCAAAGCCACUAGGUAUCUCCCGCACUCGGUCUGAAUCAUUCCAUGCCAUCCACAAAGUUCCCGUCGGAGACAGUCCUUACGUCAGAGCCAAAAACGUUCAGAGAUGGACCCCAAGAGAGUAAUUCCUCUGUUCUGGUCAGCCAUUAAUGCCAUAGACAGAGUUGACAGUGCUCUGAAAAAUAUGGCUAUUGUGAUGAAGCAACAAGAUAGGGCAGAAGAAGCUAUUGAAGCUAUUAAAUCUCUUAGAGUCAGAUGUUCAGAUCAAGCACAUGAAUCUCUUGACAACAUCCUUCUAGAUCUCUACAAGGUACUCACUUUACAGCAAAAACAGAACAUCCUCUGUUUUUCCUCUGUUUCCUUUUGCAAUUGCUUGAGUUUGUAUUGAAAUGUUGUGUUGUUGUUCUUUGCAGAGAUGUGGGAGAUUAGAUGACCAGAUUGCACUAUUGAAAGGACACAAACUCUUCUCGAUACAAAAAGGUCUCGCCUUUAACGGUAAACGAACCAAAACAGCUCGAUCUCAGGGGAAGAAGUUUCAAGUUUCUGUGGAACAAGAAGCCACACGGCCUGGGAACUUAGGAUGGGCUUUGAUGCAAAGAGACAACUUCGUGGAAGCCAAAGAUGCGUAUAGGAGAGCUCUAUCGAUCGCACCUGACAACAACAAGAUGUGUAACCUCGGGAUCUGUCUUAUGAAGCAAGGCAUGAUCGAUGAAGCCAAAGAGACGUUACGACGCGUGAAGCCUGCGGUGGUUGAUGGUCCUAGAGGAGUGGAUUCACAUCUAAAAGCUUACGAGAGAACGCAGCAGAUGCUUAACGAUCUUGGGUCUGAGACGAUGAGAAGAGGAAGGGAUGAUAUGGUUGAACAAAGGAGGCUUUUCGACGCGAUGUUUGGGUCUUCCUCUAUAUGGCAGCCUCAACCUUGUAGAGAACAGAGCGUGAAGCCUAAGCCGAAGCCGGAUUUGAGGAAUGAUGAGUACGGUGAUGAGAACGUGAAGACUAAUGUGAAUGUGAAUGUAGUUGUAAACAACCCAUUAAGGGUUGAUGCUAAACCGUUCUUCUCUUCGAAGCUGGUGAGCAAUAACGAGAAGCUGAAGAGGACUAGAUCGUCUAGCCAAACCAUGGGGAUGUUGAGUUGUGGUGAGGAAGAGACAAAUACGAAUAAAAGAUUGUCAAUGGAGAAGAAAGCAAUAGACUGUGGAUUACCAGACAACAAGGAGUUUGAAGAAGCGAUGAUCAUGGCUGUCUUGGGGACUGAGACGAAAGUGGUGGUAGAGCUGUCAAAUGGUCCGUCCAGGGUCCAAUUGGGCUUGACCAGUUGGACCAUUUCAGUUUUGGGCAGUAAUGGGUGGUCCAUAUUGGACAAUGGUCCAAACAAAUGCCCAAGACCAAUAGAGACCAUGUCCAAAUGGGCAUGUCCAUAG